AAACCAUUUGGGUAAUUUACUCAAAUUGUUGGCAAGGAAACGUGUGUUUGUACAGAUGCGGCGAACCUUCAACGUGUCAACUGCUCUACUUCUCCGUACGCGGCGAAUUGUCACUUCACCUUCCAUCCAUUGUUCAUGUGUUUUUUCUCAUUAAAAUAUAUUCGUUCUUAUCCAAAACAGCUCAUCUUUCCAUCUUCCUUGUCAUUGUCAUUAUUGUGUUUUAUUUAUUUAAAAAAUGUAUAUUUUCAGUUGAAUUUCACGAUGAGAAAUGCGUCCUUGCAAGAUUAUCCAUUGAUAGUUUUUUCUUGAUGUGGGUGUGCAUUAAGCUGCGGUGGCUGUAGAAAAUUUGGGGAAUUGGAAAACAAAAAAAGUAUAAAACAAAUUAUGAUGGGGAUAUUUAAGAUGUUUUCUUUUGGAGAGAGCGUGGAAAGGGAGAAAUCAGAGAAGGUAUUUCUUGAAGAUACAGAGAAGACAGAUCAACCGGAAAAGCAACCUGAGGAUGAUCACUGUCCCAUUUGUUUUGGGGACUUCACAAUUCCCUGCAGGACCAAUUGUGGACACUGGUUUUGUGCAACUUGCAUACUGCAGCUAUGGAAUUAUAGAUCAACAGUACAACGAUGCAAAUGUCCCAUUUGUUGUCAACUGAUCAGUAAGCUGGUUCACGAGGAUUCUUUGCUUUUACAAGAGGAAGAGGAUGCUCAACUCCUUAGGGAUAUUCAGCGAUACAAUCACCUAUACCUAGGUGGUGUGUUUCUGAAAUUCGCGGCAUUGCCACUGUUAAUGCAGAAAGUUUUUGGGUCAUUGAUGAGCAAACUGAUAGAUCCUGAUCAUGUUGAGUUAAACUGCUACAUAAUGCGCCUUUUUGCUUUAUUGUUGAGUUGGAUCUACAGCAGUUGCAACUUUGAGUUUGUUCCUACUGGACGUCUGGGAAUAUGGAGAGUACUUGACAUUUGUGCUAUGGCCAUGGUGGCCAUUUUCUAUUUCGCGGGCCUAUUUCAUAGAUGGGUGCUUCGGCGUCAUGUGAGGUUUUUAGCUGUUCGACAAGCUCACCUGAGUUAAAAGUUCAUGCUGAGAAUAGAUUUCCCCUUCUGGACUCGGACAAUGAGCUUAAAUGAAACGACAUGUACGGUGUGGAUUCAUGUAAGCUGAAGCCAACUUGUUUGGGAUCGAGACGUAGUAUAGUUGUUUCAUUGUCGAACAAUGAUUAGCUAUUUAGCUCAGAGAAAAUGUUGUAUUGGCUAUAGCAGUCGUCCUCCAAGAGGAAGAUUAUGUAGCAUUGUAUCUUUAUGCAGAGUGGCGUGAUGCUGCCUGUGCAUAGCACGGGCCCAUGUUGUAUUGUGAUUCUCUCUAUUUUAAUUUGUUAUUUUUCUUUUUCUUUUUA